UCUCUAUUUCUCUCUCUUUCUCUCCUUCUCUUUCCCUGCGGCGUUACUAUUCCGCCGUCAAGCGAGCGUGGCGUGGCGUAGGCAGUCAGGCAGUCAGGCUCUCUCUCUCCUGGCAUUAAGCAUUCCCGUUGGGUCGGCGCGGGGUGGAGGAGAACGCGGGGAGGAGAAUCGGUCGAUGCCGGGGUGCCGCCGUUGUGCCAAAGGAAGGAAGUAUGCGAGAAGGAGAGUCCCUCCCUUCUUCCCUCCCUCUCUCCCUCUCACUCCCUUUCCCUCUCUUUCUCUAUCCAUCUCUCAAUCUCUCUCUGUCUUUCAACAUCCAUCUUUCUCUUGUGUGGAAGUGAGAGGGUAGGAGGCGUGCGUUACUAUCUCCGUCGAACAACGACAACGCCCCGGGGGCGCCUGCGCGUCUCGGAGGGGUAGCACCGUGUUACCUCUCAGCCUGGAGGGGUAACAGAAGCAUGGAGGAAGAGACUAGAGAGAGAGGGAAGGUUACUCGGUCUCCUACCACCUCGCUUUCGUGCUCCUCUCGAGCGCAAAGUGUAGCACGCUCCCUACCAGCAGAGCCGCGCGCUACUCCCCUUCGCUUCCCCUCGCUACGAUUCCACUGCCCGGGCCUCCACGGUCGCCCCAUUCCGUUCUUGGCAUCACAGCGUGCAACAUUCGAGCUGACGUACGACGACGAGGAGCGCGACGACGACCACCUGCCUCCCUGUUACAGUUACAGUUACCGUUACCGUUACCGUUGACGUGGACGUUGCCGUUGCCGUUGCUUUGCGUGUGCCCGUUACGUUCCCUCUCUCUCUCUUACACGUACAUAUACACACACCCACUUGCUCUCGUAUUCGAUCUCUUUCUCCCUCUCUUUCUCUCUACUUGCUCACACGUCUCGCUGCGCACCCUUGAUUACAUCCUCGGCUCUUUAUCUUCGGGGAGAUCAUCAACGGGAGAAGAUCGCUGCAGCCAAGAAGAUUUAUACAUCGAAUAGUGACACGCGAGAGGACUAAACGAGGCAGUAAACGCGCGCGACGAAAGAGCAAAUUCGUGAUCGUCGGUCAAGUGCUCCGGGAUAUUGUUAUCGUCGUAGUCGUUGGCAGUUCUGAUACAGUGCUAUAUCGUAUACGUACACACGCACCUAUAAGGAAAUCAUAGAUCGGCUUGAUCACAGGUGACCAUUUUGAAAUCAUCGUCGAAUCUACAGCCGUCGUCGACGAGAAACGACGAGAUUGGAAGAAAUAGGAAGUCAGUGAAUUUUAAGAGAUCCCUGUGGAGUAACGCUUACUCUUCGUUACUCGGUCUAUUGUUAUCGGUUUAACGAAGUCGAGAAAGAACGACAAGUAUCGUAAGCGUGCAUUGAAAGCUGAAGAAGCCACAAGCGUCUACCCACUGCCCGACUCUUUCUCUUUUAAGGAGAAAGCGAAGAACAUCGCGCCGAUCGCACGGCACUCGGUACGCGCGCCGGUACUGAGUGACCUGCAUCGUCCAAAAAAAGUUACCAAAAGGUGUACACAACGGCGGUCACCACGUACAUCACACCGCUCAUCACCCCGGAGAAGAUGGUGACGAGGACAAAGAAGAUAUUCGUCGGUGGGCUAUCGGCACCGACGACGCUGGAGGACGUCAAAAAUUAUUUCGAGCAGUUCGGUCCGAUCGAAGACGCGAUGCUGAUGUUCGACAAGCAAACCAACAGGCACAGAGGCUUUGGCUUCGUCACAUUUCAAAGCGAGGACGUAGUAGACAAAGUCUGCGAGAUCCAUUUCCACGAGAUCAACAACAAAAUGGUCGAAUGCAAGAAAGCACAGCCGAAGGAAGUGAUGCUCCCGGCGAACCUGGCGAAGACCCGAGCGGCCGGCAGAGGCGCAUACGAUUUUAUGUGGUCCGUGGGAGCUAUACCAGAAGGUUUCUCAGCAGCGGCGUACGCGGCAUACGCGGCAAGCCGCGGCUAUUCUGGGUACCCUAGUUUCGGACUACCUUACCCAACAGGAGUGCCGACGGUGUACUACCACGGAACCGGAAGUGAGAAUGCAAGCCGCGCAUUUACGGAGACGCCAAUACAACACGUCCAACGGACUGCACUGCGGAAAAAAUUGGAUCUUACCAACGGACAGCUCACCCCCAACAACAACACGCCCUUACUCACGCAAGCUCUUUCUGUGAUGAACAACUACCAGGCCGCAGCACAGGCCGGAUUUCCGCCAGCGUCGCCGCAUGCGGCCGGUGGCCAUGGUGGGCCUCAAGGUCGAUCCUUUCCUGCGGCUAAUUCGCCAGGCCCAAUCGACAUGUACAGUUCGAGCGCCGCAGCCGCAGCAGCAGCCGCAGCCGCGGAUUCUGCAGUUGCCAGCUACGUCCAGGCCGCAGCUAGUCCGCAGCCUCCCACGACCGCGUUCCCCGCAAUCGCUGUCUCCCGCGCCCCGCUCAACUACAGUCCCGGACCUCUGAUACCAGCGGCGUUCACUAAUGGCUACCAUUGAGCCUCGUUAAGACCUAACAACAGGAUGGACGAGAGGGCAGAGCGCAGCACGGUCGACUGACGGCACAACGAGCACUGUAGUAGACGCCUUGGGAAGGAACUGAUCACAGUUGAUGACGAUCUCUUGACAAAUAUAAAAAAUAAAAAAUAAAAAAAAACAAAUAAAGGACGAUGCAGCUACGACGACGGACGACAGCGUCAUAGGACUGAAAGUUAAGUGAAAAAGGAGGCGAAGGUCGAUGCUUUCCAGUAAGACGAGACUUCGAGCUUCCAAAUAUGACCAACUGAGCAUAGGAGCUAUCCCCGAAUGAAAAAAACAUCAUCACUCGGGGUCAACAACAUCGAAUAGAAAGCUCGCGAGGAGGAUGAAGAAAUAGGAUAGAGAAAAAAAGAGAGAUGAGGACGGAAACAAACGUCUAGAGAAAAUCAGAAGACGAAUAAAAAAGAUAAACAGGAAAGCAAUGUGCGCGAGACGCAAGCAAAAAAGAAAAAGAGAAAUUGGAAAGAAUGAGUGCAAGAGAAAAAGAGAGAGAGAGAAAGAGAGAGACCGAAAGAGAGGAAGAAAGAAAGGGAGAAAGAAAAGGAGAAAGAGAGUAUGAAAAAAAGAGAGAAAUGGAGGGACAGAGAGAGAAAAAGAGGAAGUGUAUUUAAGGAAAAGCGAGAAGGAAAAAUAUGCCGACGACACGAGUUGUACGAACACACAGGCUAGCUGUGGCCGAAACUGCGUAUUGACGCCAGCCCGUUCUCCGACAUUAAUAAAUAAAAAAUAAUAAUAUAAUAAUAAUAAUGAGAAUUAAAUUAAUAUUAUUAAAAGCUAAAUAAUUAAGCAAUUAAGUUUAGAAUAUAUAAAUACAAUAUGUAUAUAUAUAUAUAUAUAUGAAUAUAAAUAUAUAUAUGUAUAUAUAUAUAUAUUAUAAAUAAUUAAUAAUUAUUAGACGGAUAACGUAUGAAUUCUUAGAGUUUAAGGCGAACGAAGACAGGGAGAGAUACCAACAACAAAACUCACAUGUACGCGAAUAUAUUAAUAAUGAUAAUUAUAACACACACAGAAAAAGAGAAUGAGUGAGAGAGAGAGAAAGAGAGAGAGAGAGAGAGAAAGAGAGAGAGAGAGAGAGAGAGAGAAAAUAUAUACAUAAUGAAUAAGAAUACAUAUAUUUGGAGAAAGUAACAGGAAGACACGACACACACGCACAUGCACACAUAGAGACGGUACUCACUCAUUGAGAAAAACACAUAUACAUAAUUAAUAUGGUGAUUAAAACAUUUAAUAGGAUUAGCGGCGGUGUGGCCGUAUUCGCGAUAAUAUAUAUAUGUAUAUAUAUAUAUAUAUAUAUAUGUGUGUGUAUAUAUAUAUAUAUAUGUAUAUAUAUAUAUGCAUAUAUAAAAGCGUCCGUAGCGCGCAUAGGAACACAUACACAUAUACACACAUAUAUUUAAUAUAUAUAUAUAUUAUAUAUCAGUACAAUAUAGACAGAUCAUCACAUACACACACACACAUACAAACACACACACACACGAUAGACGCAUAUAUAUAACCGAGCACAUAAAGAAGAGGCGCGCGUUUGCACUCGGGAAGAACCUUCUUUUCUGGGCUUUUGAGUUUUAGGUAGAACGAGAAAGACUGAGUCUGAGAGAGUGAGAGGGGCAAAGAAGGGAGCAGAAAAAAAUUCGAGUACGGUCGAAAAAACCCGACAACAUCGGCGAUGAAAGAUGGCGAUGAAGGUGGUGAUGGUGAUGUUAUUUGGUGUGAGUAGUGGUGACUGUAGGAAGGUGGUGUAGUAAUAGCGAUAGAGAGAGCAAGGGUGCAUAGGAGGGAGUUAUUCGAGGGUGAUAGCGAGUAAAGAAAGAGAAAGAAAAAAAGAGAGUCUUCCUCUUCUUUUCCUUUGUUUCCAUCUUCUACGAGGCUGCUACUCCUCGGCAAAUCUUUGUCACUUCAAUGGCGGAAUAGCACUUCUCUUAUCCCCGACUUCGUCGUCGUCGUUGUCGAGACUCUUUUCUCUUUUCCCGGGUGUGCAACAUGCACAAGAUGAAGAAUCAAAGCCCGGAGAAAGAGAAGAUGAGAAAAAGAAGGAGAGCAUGCGUAUAUAAGUGUGUGUGUGUGUAUGAAUGUGUGGAAGUAAAUGAGCGAAACGUGCCGAGACGUAUGCGACAAAACGCGUCCAACUUGUUCAGGAAGACGCAUUUCCGACGUUAAUUAGGCUAUGCGUUUUCUUUUAUUGAAGAUCGAAAAGAUCACUCUCGGACUUUAAAAAUAUAUCUGCUGCUACUGUCUAUGUGUAUAUGCGUGCGUGUGUGUUUUCAAUAAUGGAUGAAAGUGGGAAUGGAAGAACUGGUGAGAGUAAAAAAAAUAAAAAGAGAAAAAGAAAGAGAAAGAAAAAGAGUGAGAGGGAAGGCAUUCAUUGAAUAGUAUCGUAAUGUAUCGCUCGUCUCUGCGCCCGGCCCAUACGUUACCGUCGAAAUUUUGGCCUCAAGCGAACGCCGGACGAUGAUCAGCUGAAUCUUUAAAACUGAUCGUUCCGCUCGUACCGAUCAAUUACAUUGCACUAACUUUCGUACGUGGAACGCAAAUUAUUGUAUCAUCUAAAUACCAUAACGAUAUAUAAAUGAUAUUCUAUAUAUAUAUAUAUAUAUAUAUAAAUAUAUAAAUAUAAAUAUUAUACAUACAUUACACGAACCUUUUAAAUAAAAGGAGAACGAAUACGAUGAUAGCGCACGAAAUUUGUCGACGUGCGCACGCGCUCGACAUUAUUCACAAAAAGCAGAUCAUAAUACACGAUACCCACGCACACGACACCCACCCAUACACACGACACUCAGCCACACACACACACACACAUACACACAGAAAAAGCACGUCCGAGAGACAGGUGUGUUAUCAUGAAUCGAUUAAACUUUAAUCGAACAAAAUGGUUUAGUAACAAAAAGGAGAUUAAUUAAAUAAAGAAUACGUUGAUAAAAUGUAUGAGCAUGCAUAUAUAUUUGCGUAUAAUAUGCACGAAUGUGUAUGUAUAUUCGUGUACAUAUAUACGCAUGCAGAGAAAAUGAUGUACCGUUCGUCCGCAAUGUACAGAGCAUUAGAAUCAAUGGCGUUGGCAGGCUGAUUUGCUGAUUUAUUUGAACGAUAUAAUAAAAUUAAUUAGAGAUGUGUACCCUAAAAAAAAUUUCGUGUGAGAGACUGAGAAAAAACGAAGUACAAGAUGCGAGAGUGUGAGUGAAACGAAUGAAAGAUAAUGAAAUCGUACGUCCGUAAGCAUGAGGAUGAACAUGUGAGAGAAACUGUGACUACGUUUCUAGGGCUACGCACACGUCAUCAUUAGCAUCGCAAAUAACCGUAAAUGUUUAAAAUGCAGAUUAUAUCAAAGGAAAGACACAAACUUGAGAAGCGAAAGAAAAGAAAAUUAAAAAAGAUGAUUUAUAUAUCUAGUCUUUAAAAGCGAUAAAAUCAUCAGACACCAAACUGUUACUUUUUUGCACUUCAGGUAAUUCGCAAAUUGAACGAAUCUAUAAUGCGUUGAAUCUUUCAAUUGAUCUCCAUAAUCGCAAUUCCUUUUACUUUCGUUUCUACCUCUGCUCUUACGUCUAUCAUCGAUAUCGAUUUAUUGGAAAAAAAUGAUCAUCGGAAAAAAUCGAGCGUGUGCCGUUUCGUCGAUCGUCGAGCAAAUGACGAAGAAUAUUUAAUUCGUGUGACGAUUACCAACGCAGAUUAAUUAUUAUUCUUAUUCGAAAACACAGGGUAAAAAAAUAAAACAGAUGCUUUUAGAUCGGGACAUAUUUUGUGUCGAACGGCGGCUACUUUGUUUUCUUGUGCGCGGAUGUGCGCGCUUACUACAGGAGGAAUGCGAAGUAAAAUCAAAAAAAGAAUAAAAAAGACAAAAAACGGAAGGAACGAGUCAAUUCUUACAAACGUUAGCAAUACUUCAACAUGACCACAAAGGACAGGAAAGAAUGCGGAUAAUAAGAAGAAAAAGGAAAAAAAAUAAAAAGAAGACGAGUCGAAUAUAUCGCGGGUACACUGUAUUCUCAAGUCAUGAGCACGUAACUACUUAGAUGUGCGUACGGAACAAUAAUCAUUGGAUGAUGAAUGAAAUGAUAGCUGACUUGAACCGGCCAUGAUUAAAUAGAAUGAACAAUGGAAAAUCUGUGAAUGAUAAUUAUCAAUAAGUCAAAGCGGUAGUCUCAUGUUGGAAAGCAUCGAUCGAGAAUAUAUAGUUUGUUCUCAGUUCGAUACUCGCUGUUGGAUUAUACACGUCGUAACAUAGAUGAGACUAGUUGCCCUUAUGAGAAACAGGAAGCAUAAACAAUAUCGUUUUGAAAAUUAUAAGAUGAAUUAAAAAAGAAGUUGAUUGCAAUCGAAGUUCCAAGAAAAUUAUAAAACUUAUUCGCUUCGAUGGCACAUAUUCGAGCGUGAGAAAAAUCAGAAUGCCCGCGAGGUCAAAUUCGACACUUUGCGAUUUUCGAUUAUGGAGAAGAAAUGAGAAUUAUAUACAUUAUAUAUAUAAUAUAUAUAUAAUCUAUAUACAUAUUGAAAAAAGGGUUAUGAUCAAUUAUUAAUCGAAAGAGAAGGAGCGAACGAAUCGAAUUUCGGAGGAAGAGAUCGAAAGUGUCUGUGGCAAAAGACAAAAGCUUAGCGAAAAAGAAGUCGAAGAUAUAUAAAGUGAGUGCAGUCCACGCGGUUUAUAUUUAUAAAUAAAUUAAUAUUGAAAUAUUACACUAUAUAUAUAUAUAUCUACAUUUAGUAUAUAAAUAUAUACAUAUAUAAAUAAACAUACUAUAUAAAGAAGAAAGAAGAAAGAAGCAAAAAAUAUAUUAUGAGUAUACAAAUAUAAAUAAAUAAAUAAAUAAAUAAAUAUAUAUAUAUACAUAUAAAUAUAAAUAUAAAAAUAAAAACGAAUAAGGCGAGGAAAUAAGAGAAUUAUAAAGAUGAACAAAGAUAUUGAGAGAUAUUGUUUUAUGCAUUUGUAUAUAUAUAAUUAUUGAUGUUUUAAAGCUAAUAAUAUUAUUGUACUGUAAUUUUUGAAUUACCACCGAUUGCAAAAGAGAAAAGGAAGAAUAUAUAGAAACGACGAAGAUGUAGGAGAACGGCAGGGACGGGAGUUCGACCCAAGACGUGGCUGCAUCAUAAUCAUUUUUUUCCAGUCCUUUUCUACAAGAGCAAUUCAAGCGAAGAAGAGGAACGAUGAAUGAGCCCAGAAAGAAAUAAAAUCGGAUGACGUCGAUUGCGACUCUGCCGUUCCUCGUACGCUAAUGCACAAGUUUGUGUAUAUUUCUAUACACAGACAAGUGCAUGUAUAUACAUAUAGAUAACAAAAUAAUUGGAUUACCAUCAUCGAGAAAUAAAUACGUGUGGCAAGAAAGAUAGAUAGAUAGAUAGGAGAGAGGGAGGGAGAGAGAGAGAGAGAGAGAGAGAGAGAGAGAGAGAGAGAGAGAGAGAGAUAAAGAGAAAACGAGAGAGAAAGAAGUGUCACAAAGGAAAAUACGGGAAAGGCGUUAAUUAAUAAAUUAAUUAAUAGUUAAUUGUGUCAUUACAAUUCCACGACCAAGUGCUGUAAUAUCGCGAGGUCAGAAUUUUUCAAAUGAAUAGCAUAUUUAAAAGGGAUAUAAAAAAUAAAUGCACGCGCACGCAGCAUUCACGAACACACAUUGACACAGAGACAUACGAUAUACGUAAAAUUAAAAAGCACAUCAAUAAGUAUCGUCUUAUCGUAAUCAUCUGCGCGUCACAAGAGAGAGAACGAGCGAUUAAUAAGAUUAUUUAAACAGAUUAUUUUAAUCUAUAGAUUGCAGUCUAAAAAUAUAAGUUAUUAUUUAAACAGGUACUCAAACAGUAAGUUUUUAUACCUGUUAAUUUAUUUUAAAUUUACAUUGUUGAUAUUUUAGAUAUAUAAAUUUUUCCUUAAUUUAAUUCUUCUUAUGGAUUUACAUUGAUUUAUAACAAUUUAUGAUAAGACGUUUUGUGAAAAAUACAACAUUCGGUUUAGUUAGUCUUAUCUUUAUAAAAUAUUCGUUAAGUUUGCACAUCGAAGGUCCUUCCUUCAUACAUUUUAUACAAUAAAAAAAGCAAUAUCGAGUAAUAAUUUAAAUAAUGAAAAGAGGUCAUUGAAAAUAUUUACAUUAUCGAAGGAGGGUAUAAGAGUACAUAGAUAUUCGAAAAUCGAAUAUAUUACUUAUUUAUGGCAAAUAUAGAAUACUAAUAUUAUAUCUGAGUACACAAAGACUCUAUAGGAAACACUUAUAUUAUCCAUGUUGUUUAAGUAUAAUAAUAAUUAUCUUCGCUUUGCCUAAUCCAAAGAAAAGAGAAAGAUGAAGAAAAGAAAGAGAAGUGAUAUUGCAAAGUAGAAAAAAAUUUCGUCCCCAAAGCUUGACCCUCUUUCGUGAUAAGCACGAUAUUAUACGCUGACAAUUAAACGAUAAAGAAAUGUUUGUAAGAAUCCUUAGAGAGUUAAGCGCGAAAGAAAAUGCCUAAAUUCAUUCGUUACACAUAAAAAAUAGAGAAACGUACAUAUACACAAGCAUACUAUUUCACCGAUUCGUCAGAUCAUUCCUUUGAUCAUAUCCAGCACAUCGUACCUCGAUCACGAAGACUUCCUUAGAAUCGCUAGUUUAGCCGCAAAAAUCGCGUCGCGAUACGAAGCGGCCGCAUAUCUUUCUUAAUUUUUUUCUUCGGUUUCCUCAAAUGAAAGCUGAUAGAUGCACACGGGUGCGGAGACAGCGACAGUAUGGACGAGAUUACGACUCAUCCGUGUUGCAGCCAUCUUUUUAUCCGCGAUGUUAAUAACGGGUUUGAAGGAUUGAAGGAGAGAGAGAGAGAGAGAGAGAGAGAGAGAGAGAGAGAGAGAGAGAGAGAGAGAGAGAGAGGAAGAGAGAGAGAGAGAGAGAGAAACCGAGAAGGAGGAUACGAGAGAGAGGAGAAUGUAAAUGAGAGUGUGUGUAUGAGAGAGGAAAAUAUGAUAAAAUGAAGAGAAAAGAUUGAAAAACAAACUCGAAGAAAGAGAAAGGGGUCCGUAGAUAGAUAGACAAUUUUCGAAGCAACGUUUUUUUCGGACAAUCGCAGAGAGGCUAGCCUAAAAUUAUUCGUUCGACUUGCUCUGAUGAUGUUCAUAGAAACUGAAUGAAUUUGCGAUUCGAUCGAUCGGCACCAGUCAUUGUAAUGUAGUCGAUCGGUCGGAACUACCUCGGUCCCUUCGAUUCUCGACUCGCCGUGUUGCAAGGUUGUAAAAUCGUAGGAAACAAAUCCUACCGGGACUAUUGCUUUUUUUUCUUUCUUCCCUUUUUGUUUUUUUUUCCUUCGGUUGAAUUAUGUUAUUCUAUGUAUGUAUUAACAUUAUUUUCAAGUUGCAUUGUUUAUCGCUAUCAUUACUACAUAUUGCUAUUAUUGUCAUUACUAUUAUUACUAUUAUUAUUUUGAUUUGUAUUAUCUCUGUUACUAUGAUUAUAACAUCCGUAAUCAUUGUUAAUUCAUCUUCGUCUGCACUUAAAAUAACCAUUUUUCCAUGACUUAUUUUUUUCUCUUUAAACUGAGAGAGAAGAAGAAGAAAAAAGAAGAAAAAAGAAAUAAGAUAUUCGUUCAUUUGAGAAGUUUCUGUCGGAAAAUGGAAAGCCAUCUCCAAGAAUUCGUCGGGCUCUGUAACAUAUUCGAUCUUCACUUAUCAAGGAACUGCAUUGUACAAAUCAUGAGAGAUGCACCCCAUGGUGAAGGAAAAUAAAUCUGUCUCUAAAUUAGCUUGUAUUUAAAUUAAUAAUAAAUCAACAGAGCCUUUCGACUUUGCGGGGAAAAGACAUACGUGAGGAUAUAUUAAAAAUAUAACCCCAAAACGAUAUGUAUAUACGUUUUAUAUAUAUAUAUAUAUAUAUAUAUAUAUAUAUACAUAUAUAUAUAUACAACUAGACUUUAUAUAUAUAAGUAUAUGCACAUCACUUAAAUAAAACACAUACAUAUUAUGCAUAUGUAAUAAUGUGUAAUUACACGUGCACGCGUUCAGAUGCGCACUUACGUGCAGUCAGCAACUGUUAAAUAUUCUUCCUGCGUAAUAAAAAAAAAGAGAUAAAAAACAAAAAACAGAAAGAGAUAGAGAGCAACGUAUUACAAGCUCCGACACUCUCUUCUAACCGUCGUACAGUAACGCUACUAAUUACAUCAUAUUUCGAUUGAAUUAUCGAUUUAUCGUUAGAAAUCAUUUUUAUCGGAUCGGUUUAUUAUCACAGUGCUGGCCGGUAAAACUCGUAACCAUCUACACGUAGACAUCUUGACAAAAAAUGUAUCUGUCGAAGAUUUUUUUGCUUAUUCCGUACAAAGAACUUCUUUUAAAAUAAUUCUUUCAAUAACAUCAUUUUCUUAUUCUAAACGAUCCAUGUUAACGUUAGCACUUUGAUCCUUUUCUACGAUGAAUGUAAACUAUUUACAACUGUAUGUAUGUGAUUGCAAAUUGACUGAAAUAUGUCCGAUGAUAAACGCGUGAUUUUAAUAAUCGAUUUGUAAAUUAAGUUAAAAAAAUCUAUAUUACUUUCUUUCGCGUGGUACCCUUUAUUUAAACAAUAAAAAAGACAACAGAGAAAGACAGUAAAAAUAUGCAUCCUUAACCGAUGCGUUACAAUUACGACGAAAAUGUUAUUCGCUAGUCCCUCAUGUAAACUAGAGGAAUACACGAUUCUAUCGAUAAUUGCGUAAGAUUUCGUCUCCUCGCUCUUCAGUGCUUUUUCAAGAUAAAUGUGUUCGUUGAAUAAUAAUCCGCACUGAAAUGUCGCUAUUUAUCGUAUCGUUAAAGAAAAAAACCAAAAAAGAAAAAAGGGUACCUUCGCUAGCCUCGAAUUUGGAUAUAAUUUUGCGUGAAAUUUAAAAACAGGUCUAAUUGAAUAUCGUAAAAAGUGCUUUGUAUUGUAAUUUCUUUUUAUAAAAAUUGUCUAAAUGGUAUGUAAAAUAAUUUUUAUACAAGUUUUGCGCCCUAUAUUCAACUCUUUGCAAAUCAAAUUCAUACGUUUGUAAACCAAAUUUAAUCUUUUGUAAAUCAAAUGCACCCUUUUAAAAAUCAAGUUUUUCUACAAAAUUCUUCCAGAUUAUCGUCUUUCAAUUUCUGAAAUAAAAAGUAAUGAAAGAAUAUUUAAAAAAAUGCACUUAAAACUAAAAUUUCAUAUCAAAAUUAUCUACUCAAGAAUCAACAAUUGAAUGAAAAUCUAUUAUACAUGAGUUUAUAUUUUGUUCCGAUCUCGACAUAUUUACAAUUGUAAGAAUUCUAAAGUAAAUUAAAUAUCGAUAUAGCUGAGACAUAUUUAGAGAUUUUGCGAUUAGUAAAAUGUAGAAUUGCUCCGAUUUUUGCUGCACGAGAAAAAGAUGUAAUGUUGUUUAUAAUGAGUUUAUAAUUAACUAUAAUUAAUUAUUUCCAGCACUGUAAAUACUGCAACGCCUUUAAACCAAAUUCAAUUGUCAUUUAACUGUCGCCGAUUAAUAUUGCAAGAAAUUUUCAAAGUUUAGCUGAAGUACUAUCAUCUAUAUACAAUAAAAUUUUGAAUUCUUUCCCGAUAAAUAUACGUUUGAUUUUAUUUUUAUUACAAAAGUUUAAGAAAACAAUUUUGUAGAAAAACUUGGUUUGCAAAAGGAAUGAAUUUUAUUUGCAAAAGGUUGAAUUUGAUUUGUAAAAGAGUGAAUGUGUUCUGAAAAAGAAUGAAUUUGAUUUGCAAAAAGUUAAAUUUGGAGUGCAGAACUUGUACAUAUGUAUAUGUGUGUAUAAUACAUAUACAUAUAUGUAUAUGUUCGAUACGCAAUAGUACGAGUUUUUCUCGAGUUUUGAAUUAGGUAUUAAGAUCAUACUACAAAACCUGGCUCUAAUAAAAUUACAGUGUAUGAGAGCAUUGUUAUGUUAACAAAGACUGUUCGCGCAACGUCACUUAACGAAUGAUUUCUCUCGGUUUUAACCGAGAUAAGAUAUAUAUUUGUUUCUCAUUCGUUUUCAAAUUAACAUAUCAGAGAGAAUCUAUGAGAUGUAAAAAUUGUUUAACAUUUUAGCAGUAUGUCGACGAUAAAACGUUUGACGAGUAGAUAGUUAUUGUUAACGAAGGCAUGUGAAACAUGAUUCUAUACGAUUUUUAUGUUAUAUUUUAUUGUUUCUAAAAACAACAGGGCGAUCACACUCUAAUCGAUAACGUGCACUAUCUCCUUAGAUAAGAAAGAUACGAAAUUUCUUUUUAGACAAUAGAUGGAAAAAAAAACAAAAAGAAAAGUGGGGAAAGUAAGGUAAGGAAAAGCACAGAAUGUAUCAUUUUUAAUCUAUUCCAUCAAAAUUAUAUUUUGUACAUAUAGGUUUAAUUAAGUUCUUCGACUGUGAAUGAAAAUUAUUUUUUUCUCCUAUCGCUAAUUUAUCUCGAUGUGUUUGAAAAAAGAAAACACUGCAUUAUUUUGUAACAAUUUAUGAUUGUCAUAUUAUAGAAAAGCGAAAUAAGAAAAAAGACUUAUUAGUUUUGUCGAUAUAAUGAUACUCUUCGAGAUUGUUAUUUUGUCUAAUUUAAGUUUAUAGAUAAUAGUGUUAUCAUAUUUCGUCGCAGAUGAGAUCAUUAGAUGUUCAUCAUGAGAUGAACAUAUUACUUAAUUUUGUAAAACCUUUGCGGUUAAAAUUUUCUUAACGUUAUAAGAAGAAAAAAGAAUAAUAGAAUAGAAGAAGUUCGGAAACAUGCCUGAUAAGUAAAAAAUAUCGUUAAUCAAUAAAAGCUCAAAUAUCUCGUUUCAAACAUGGCUUCGUAUCUAUAUUAUCUGUGGAAAUAUUGCACCAUAUACUUAUGCAUAUAAUAGAUAUCUGUUAAAGUUUAAUUAUUUGUGCUGUUACCAGAUUGAAGAGAGCGCGGACAAACAUGGCACAAACACAUUGACAUAUUACACAUGAGCAAAGCUUCAAGUUAUUCUGAUUCCGCAUAGCAAACGCGAAAAGUUAUUAUCGAUAAGCGCAAUGCAAAUGGUCAGACGUUAAAAAUAAAUAUGAUAAUAAGAUGUUUAUCUACUAGGCAGAGCUACGUAACGACAAAUGAAGAUUUUUUUGUAUAAUUUGCAAAAUCAAUGAAAAAGAGCAGUAUUAUAAUUAUACUUUGUAUAGACCUAUUCGAGGAAACAUAUUAAUGCGAUGGGUUUGGUAACGUUACGAGUUCUGUUAGAUUUUCGUUAGGUCUUUUGCCCUUUUUGAAAAAUGUAAUUUCAGAACACCAAUAUUAAUAUCAAAGUGGCCGAACAUUUUGUAUACAAACUACGCUAUGGAUUCCGGGACUCUUAAUCUCGUCAUUCACAUCGACAAUUAAGAGGGAAGAAGACGAGAGCUGCGUUUUUAGUGGAUCGACAAUAGAUGGUGAAAAGGUGGGAAACAAAUUUUUGAUAUUUUCUACGAUGGCUCGCGAGAUAAAGGUAAAAGAAAAACUAAGAAUAGAGAAGAUAAGAAAAGAAAAUUUAAGGCGAAAAUGUUCGAGGCAAAAGCGAAUGAAAACUCGGCGUUAUGACACAGCUUGCAAUGAGGAAACUUGCAAUAUAACAAGCAAUAAAUAAGCCACUUUUAAUUCCAUGUAUAUUAAACAAUUAUGUGGAUGCUUAACAAGAUUUAUUGAAUUAAACAAGCAAGCCAAGAAAUAAGAUGAAAUACCAAUUUUACAUAUUCUUACUAAUCGUAAACAAUUACAAUACGUAUAGUGACAUACUAAAUUAUACGAUUAUGUAUCGAUUUAAAGGAACAAAAAAAAAUGGUAAAUAAUUAUUAACGCCUGUAAGCGAGCAAGCGAGCAGACGGUAAUCUAAUCUACAUAAGUACGUAAAAGUUUCAAUUUUACACUACCGAUAAUAAUGAUAUAACGAUAAGGAUAUAUAAGAUAUAUGAUGAUUUAUAAUAAUUAUAAUGUUGUACAGAAUAUUUAUGAAAGGUUUGCUGCUGGCAAAAGAGUCGCGCGCUCCUGUGUUUUUUUGCGAUAAUGAAGAAAAGAGAAUCGUGCAUGCGUUCGUCGAUAAAAGAAUAUAAUCUUAUUGAUCUUUUCACGUGAAUCGACGUAUCCGAGAAAAUCGAGAAUGAAUAAUUGAAAUGCAUUACGUGGCUUAGGCGACGCGCGGCUCUCUAUCCAAAAGCGGCCAGACUAUAAUGAAUGUUUUGUAAGAUAAAAGGAGAACGAUCGCGGUAGAGAAUAUUGAGAACGUGCGUUCGGGAGAAAUGUAUAGUCGAUCCUUUCGUGAAAUUUCGAAUGAAUUCGACGACGCCUUUCUCGAACAAAGGAAGAUGCAGCUCUUUUUUUCCGCGAAAUACUAGAGCGCUGCGAUAGAAAACGCCAUUAAUGGCCCUGAGAUUAUAAUACGAAAACGAGUAUGUAGAGAUAAAAGGCAAAUAAACAAAAAAAAAGUAAGAUUUGCGCGCCGCGGUGUGGCGAGAGCGAGGGCCGAUAAUUUAAUUAAUUGUGUAUGUAUACAGAUAAAAAUAAAUAUAAUAUUGCGAUUAUAAAUAUUAAACUCUAAUAAAGAAUAACAAUAUUGUACCCCUCUGUACAUAUAAAUAUAUAUUAUAAUACGAUGAUUA